ACAUGUCCAGGGACAGUGUCCAGAUCCCAGAUGACAGAGACUUUCAGAACUUCAAGAGUGAGUGCCACUCAGAGACUGGCUGGACUCAGACUUACAGCAAAUCAGGGGUCACUGUCUGGGUGCAGAUCCUGGAGGAGGAGAGAGCCCUGCACAAGAUCAAGUGCAAGAUGGAGUGUAAGGAUAUCUCGGCUGAUAUAUUAUAUGAUGUUCUCCACGAUGUAGAAUAUCGGAAGAAAUGGGACAGUAAUGUUAUCGAGACCUUUGAUAUUGGGAAACUGACAGUCAAUGCAGACAUUGGAUACUAUGCGUGGAAAUGCCCUAAACCGUUAAAGAACCGUGAUGUCAUCACUCUACGCUCCUGGCUGCCAAUGGGAAACGAUUAUAUCAUCAUGAAUUAUUCUGUUAAACACGCGAAAUAUCCCCCAAAGAAGGAUCUGGUGAGGGCUGUCUCCAUCAUGACCGGGUACCUCAUUCAGAGUGGUGGGGCCAAGGGCUGUACUCUCACCUACCUUGCACAGGUAGACCCCAGAGGUUCCUUGCCGAAGUGGGUUGUGAACAAAUCCUCGCAGUUUCUUGCCCCAAAGGCCAUGAAGAAGAUGUACAAAGCUUGUCUGAAAUAUCCCGACUGGAAGAAGAAACACAAUCCCCAGCACAAGCCUUGGCUGCAUCCUGAGCAGAACAACCUGCCCACCAUCAGUCUUUCGGAGGUGUCCGUCCUACAUGCCGAUUCUCUAGAAAACAUUGAUGAGAGUGGCGUGUCAGAAAGCAAAGACGAUCGAGGAGAGGCCAGUGAUGAUGAUAGCGUCAACUAAGAGCUUGGCUUCUCCAACCAAUACUCAUUCUCUUGUUAGUGUCCACCGGGGUCUUCAUCAGUAGGACCCUACUGAUGGGUCAAUGGAGAAAGACUUAUUAGUAAAUAGGAAGAGAGUUAAGUACAGAGUAAUUUUUUUAUACAGCUCCAAAGGGCGCUGGGCUUUUGUAUUUUGGGCUUGUGUCAAUAACUCAUUCACCAGCAGAGAAGGUUGCAAAUAAUUACAUGGGUGGGACCUCUUUUUUUUUUUUUUUUAUAUAAUGUUUAUUGUUGGUAUGAAGAUGGGGAUAUUAUGGUCCCCCCCACCAUACCCUGUGAGUUAUUGUAUAAUUGUGGCUGUAUUUCUGUGAGUCUUAAUUCACACGAGGUACCUGCAGAAUUUAUUUUCAAACUCAGCAGAUCAUCUCACCCCAUAUCUUCUAAAACUGCCUCAAUAACUCGUAGAUAUGUUGCGACCCCCUCUCGCUAGGAAGGAAGCAACUUUUUAUAUCAUUACUUUAAAGUUGCAGGUUAGGUCCCCUCGAUUGACUAUCUCACUUGCCCCCAAUAAACAAAACAAAAGAAAAAAAAAAA